AUGGAUAUCGUAGGGCAGCUCAAGACCCAAUCAAAUAAGAGCACAACUGUUUUAUCUCCCACUUUCGAGAAUGCCUCUAUAAUCACCCUGACCGCCCUAUUCAGGAGUGCCACGGCAACGUUAAACCCACAGACGAAAAGAACUUCUGAUGAGCACCCGGUCACCACUAUCUACGCUACCAAUAACACAACCUUCGCACCGAAGUCAACCAUUAUCACCAUAACCUUUGUCAACGAAAAGCUCACUCCCGACAUCUUGCCACCAACUGCAAUGUCAACCAUCAACCACUUCGCCAGCAAUGCGGACUCGAGUGAAAACUGGCUCAACUGCGAUCACACCACAUCGGUCUCGCCGCAAGAAACAACUCAAGUCGCCUGA